AUGUUGCAGAGGCGAAUGAAGUGCUGUCCUUGUGAUUCACGAAACCCAGAGGGUCAGCUGGCCCACACCAUCCAGGACAUCGUCUCCACGGCUGGACCUGAGCGCUGGUGGCAGUCUCAGAAAGGAGUGAGUCCUGUCACAGUACAACUAGAUCUCAAAAGCCUGUUCCAACUUGACAGUCUUGUCUUGGACUUUAAGGGUCCUCGCCCUCAGGCUUUAGUAAUCGAGAGGACUCUGGAUAAUGGCAGGACAUGGCAGCCUUAUGUCUACAUGGCUACAGACUGUCCCUCUGCUUUCCCUGAAGUUCCCACCAGCACCCCAAUGGACAUGGAUAACAUAUACUGUUACACACUGCCUCCUAUUGGCAGUGAUCUGUACAGGGAUCACCAAAUUAACUUUCGGCCUUUAGAACAAUACAUGUACGUUCCAUUUCCCAAAGGCCAGAAGAUUGAAGAAGUCUCCGGUCUCACGGGGCUCAGGGUGAAGCUGGUCCAGUUGGGUGAGGUGCCAGAGAUGCCAGGCCGUUCUCUGAGCAGGUUCUUUGCUCUGAAGGAGAUGAGGGUAGUGGGACGCUGCAUGUGCCACGGACAUGCUAACAAAUGUCUGCCAGACACUUACCCGACAUACGCUAACAUUGUCCAGGUGCCUUCUCGGUGUGACUGUCAGCACAACACAGCAGGUCUGAACUGUGAGCGCUGUGCAGACCUUUACAAUGACCUGCCCUGGAGAGCAGCGGAGGAGGACAACACACACGCAUGCAAACGUUGUGAGUGUAAUAACCAUGCCCAGCGCUGUCGUUUUGACUGGGCGGUGUAUGAGGCGAGCGGGCGCCGCAGUGGGGGCGUGUGUAUCGACUGUAUGCACCACACCACCGGCCCCAAGUGUGACCAGUGUGCCCCCGGGUACCAGCCCAACCCCCUGAGCCGGAUGGACCGCCCAGACGCCUGCAUACGCUGUGCGUGCAAUGCUGCUGGGACAGUGAAUGGGGCCCAGUGUGAUGACUCCUCAGGCUCAUGUCGGUGCAAAACCAACGUGGACGGUCCUGAAUGUGAUCGCUGUAAACUGGGCUUCCAUAACCUGAGCCCCUCCAAUCCAGAGGGCUGCACCAAGUGCUCCUGCUUCCCCUCAGGCUCAGUGUCACAGAACUGUGAUGCAGUGACCGGUCAGUGCCCCUGCAGGCCUAACUCCGCUGGGCUAAAGUGUGACACCUGCUCCCCGGGCUUCUGGAGGCCUGCAGGGUCUGAACGCUGUGUGCCCUGUGCAUGUGACCCCACUGCUGCUCUGAGCAACGUCUGUGAUCAGCAGACCGGCCAGUGUCAGUGCAGAUCAGGCUUUGGAGGCAGAACAUGUGCUGAGUGUGCCAACCAUAUGUUUGGAAAUCCUUACAGAGGCUGCAAACCAUGUGACUGUGACAGAGAGGGCACCUUCCCAGAGGGCUGUAAUAAACAGACAGGUGCGUGCUUGUGUCGGCCUGGAGUGACAGGUGCACGCUGUGACACCUGUCGCCGGGACCGCUGUGACAAUCAUUUGUUUUGGACCACAACCCUGAACAGCCAGGCCCACGAGAGCCAGGCUCAGACUUCAUAA